AUGCGCUGCUCGGUGCCCCCUCCCCCCGAUUCGACCUUCUUCCUCAAGCCCUCUACCUCCUCCAAUGCAUCUCUCCUCUACACCAUUUCCGAAAAGUCGAUUCUGGGUGCUGUCAAUCCCCGAGAUGGCUCAUUAGUCUGGCGGCAGGACCUCUCGCGGUCGGCCUCUAAGCUGAGUGGCGGAGCCGGCAUUCUACGCGGUCUCGAUGGGAAUGACGCUGUUGUCGGCGCAGCCGGAGACUAUGUUUCGUCAUGGAGUGCUCAGGAUGGAAAAUUGGUCUGGGAAAACAAAUUUGCUGAUGGAUUGAUCGCGGAUCUUGAGCUCCUGGAGUUGGAGGAUGCCAGUGCGACUUCCAGCGUCCGCGACACGCUUGCGCUCGUCAACAACGGCGGCGCCGGUAUUGUGAGACGUCUGGACGGUGACUCUGGAAAGACUAAGUGGGAAUACAAGGAUGACAGCGGCGAUGUCCCAUUCCAGGUGUCAUCUUCUCCCACUCAAGUCUUUUACAUCUCGCUCCAGUCCUCAGUUUUGAAGGGUUACAAGAUCAAGGUCACCUCUCUGGACUCGCUGACGGGUCGUCAGACUAGCCAGCACAGCUUGAGCUCGGAUGCCGAUGUCACCGGCCCUGAAUCCGUUCUGUUUGUGGGAGCCAACGCUGCAUCGCCUUUGAUUGUUUGGGCAGACAAGUCGCUCAAGUCACUCAAGAUCAAUGUCAUUGGCACUAAGCAGGUCAACACUGUUUCUAUCGAGAACGUGUCGGGCCAGGAGAUUGAGCGGAUCACGGUGCACGCUGCUCAUAAACUCAACGCUCUUCCCCAUUUCUUGGUUCUCUAUCGCACAACUACUGGAUCUUGGGCCGAGGUCUACCACGUGGACUUGAAGGCUGCUACGGUGGCGAAGGCGUACCAGCUGCCCUUCGUGUCAGGUCCUUCCGUGGUCGCUACCAGCAGCAUCGAUGCCAAUGUGUACUUUACUCGCAUUACUGAUUCGGAGACCGUUGUGGUUUCGUCCGCAUCCCAUGGCGUUCUGGGGCGUUGGGAUCUUCGGUCAAAUUCCCCUGAACGCGCUUCAAAUGCCGCCGCAGAAGUUGUCGCAAAGGGCUCUGCCGUCGCUGUACGUGCUGCUAUUCUACGUGACUCUGGCGAUUGGCAGCUCAUUCGCAACGGCCAAAUCGAGUGGAAUCGCCCCGAGGCGUUGAUUGAUGCCGUUGCAGCCGCUUGGGUGGAGAACGAUGUACAGGAAGACCUGGUUCAUGAGCUGGAGGUCGAGGGCCACGAAACCUUGCUCGGAGCAUACAUCCAUCGGGUAAAGCGCCAUGUGCGGGACCUCGAACACCUCCCCGCCUGGCUGAAAGAGCUUCCUAGCCGUAUUCUUGGUAGUAUUCUCGGUGACGAGGUGACAAAUUUGGACAGCUUUGGAGUUGCGAAGCCUGUGAUCAUCGCUACUCGAAAGGGCCGCGUCUAUGCCUUGGAUACUGGUAAGCAGGGCGCGAUCACCUGGUCCAUCCAGGCUGUUGAAACCUCCUCUUGGGACAUCAAGGCGAUUUUGGUUGAAUCUGGCGAGGCCACCAUCUACGCCAGUGACGGUAGCUCUAUCACACUUGAUGUCUCCACUGGUUCUAUUACGUCGCGCUCCUUGCCGAAGGAUAUUAAGAUUCAGUCAAUUGCCACCAUUGAGAACCAGGUUGUGGGCAUCCAAGAGGAUGGCACUCCAGUUUCUUCCUUUGACAAGAGCACUGGAUACUUAGUAACCACUAGCACCGACGGCCGUGUGCUCGGCUGGGCCCACAACGAUAACAAGGUUCCUGUAUGGGAGUUUGUUCCUCCUGCUGGUCAAAAGGUCAUCCAGGCCACGGCUCGUCCUGCCCAUGACCCGGUUGCGUCCAUUGGAAAAGUUCUCGGAGACCGUUCAGUCCUGUACAAGUACCUCAACUCCAAUUUGGUUUUGGUUACUGCCGUCGAUACCAAGGGCCACACUGCCGGCUUCUAUCUUCUGGAUGCUGUUUCGGGCAAGAUUCUACAUGAAGCUAUCCAGGUUGGUGUGGACGCAAACCAACCCAUUUCGUCCACCAUCUCUGAAAACUGGUUCGCUUACUCGUUCUACGGCGAUGUCACUGACGAAACCUCCGCCAAGGGGUACCAGCUUGUGAUCUCUGAGCUUUAUGAGUCCGAUAUUCCAAACGACCGUGGCCCUCUUGACGCUGCUGGAAACUACUCCAGCAUCCACGGCGCCAGCCCGCUCCCUCACGUGGUCUCGCAGUCCUUCGUGAUUCCCGAACCCAUUUCUCACAUGGCUGUCACCCAAACCCGCCAGGGCAUCACCACUCGCCAGCUCCUUUGCACCCUCCCCUUCUCCAACUCCAUCGUCGGUAUUCCUCGUCCAGUCUUGGACCCCCGUCGUCCCGUCGGCCGAGACCCAACCUCGUCCGAAGCUGAGGAGGGUCUGUUCCGCUACGCGCCUUUCCUCGACUUUGAUGGCAAGUGGUACCUGACGCACGCCCGCGAUGUCGCAGGUAUCAAAACUGUUCUCUCCCAGCCUACACUGUUGGAGAGUACCAGUCUCAUCUUUGCGUUCGGCGGCGAUAUCUUCGGCACCCGUGCCACUCCUAGCCAGGCAUUCGACAUUCUCGGCAAGAGCUUCUCUAAGCUGCAACUUCUGUUGACUGUUGUGGCAUUGGCCGUCGGAGUUUCAUUUUUGGCUCCAAUGGUAAGUUUGAUCCCAUCUCAUGCAGCCCGUUCUGCGUUUACUAACUCUAUUCCCAGGCUCGCAAGAAGCAAGUCAACAUGUUGUGGAAGGCAUAAGCUUAGAGAGCGUUGCAUAUACCAUUACUAG